CAGCAGCACAACAACGUGGUUUAGGUGCGUUUUUAAGAUCGUUUACUUUUAUCGUGAUGUUUAUUUAAAGUUCCAUAUACAUUAUUAUCAAAAUGACGGAAACAAAAGCAGAGGCGUCUCCAAAACAGCUGCUAGCGCUAAAUCCUCAAGAAGAAUCCGAGUUCAAAAAGAAGGUCCAGGAGGCUAAGAAGAACAAAUCUAGCAAGGGUAUCAGAUUGACCCCUGGAGUUAUUUAUGUGGGACAUCUGCCUCAAGGGCUGUUUGAGCCACAACUCAAAGCUUACUUCGAACAGUUUGGUAAAGUCCUACGGCUUCGACUGUCCAGAAGUAAAAAGACUGGUGGAAGUAAAGGCUAUGCGUUUGUGGAGUUUGACUGCGAUGAAGUCGCCAAGAUUGUUGCUGAGACAAUGAACAAUUACCUUAUGGGAGAAAGACUCAUUAAAUGUCAUGUGAUUCCACCAGAGAAAGUGCAUGAGAAGCUGUUUGUUGGCUCCCAGAGAGUGUUCAGUAAGCCCUCUCGUCCCGCUGUGACACGCUACAACAAACCUCACUCUCAAGAAGACAUCGACAAGAUGACCGGCAAACUACUGCGCAAAGAGGCUAAGCUUCGCAAACGUUUGGCAAAGCAUGGCAUCGACUAUGACUUUCCAGGAUUUGCUGCCCAAGUCCCCAAGAAAAAGUCCGAAGCCAACACAUCGACCGUCAGUGAUGACACAACCCCCCUUUGUACCCCCUCACUGCUGGAGAGGAGAAAGUCCAUGGUGGUGGAUGAUGACGAGGAGGACAAUGAGAUUAUUGUGAAGAUGCCCCCUAAGUAUGAGGAAGGGGAGAGCUCAUCAGAGGAUGAUGAAAAGGAGGACGAUGAAGAGGGAGAAUGACUGUUUUCAGAUUGAGUAUGGACCUUACAUUGAACUGUCAGGGCUCAAGAUAAAGUGGGAUCUGAAAGUGACAGCAAUGGGACUGUUUAUUGUGUCUUGAAUAAUCACAGGUUGAUUCAAAGUGGCACAAUAUUUAAUACAUGUGAACCUUGUAACACAACUGAGAUAUUCAGAUGAGCAAAUAUUUUUCAGUUUGAGGGUUGUCCUUUAUAAUGAACUUUGUAACAUUAUACAGUCAAAACAUCCACGAUCCUAAGUGUGUAUCACGUUUUUGUUUGCAUUUCUUAUUGAGUUCAUAGUUGUACAUUUAGUCAUGUAUGGGUUCAUUUCUACAAGCAACGACAUUGGCGACAUUUUCAAGGAGGUAAAAAUAAUGCCUACGGCUAUAUACUGUCAGAGAACAUGUAAACUAAUGUACCGGUAGUCAUGGGAGCCGGACUUAAAUAUAAUAUUAAAUUAAAUAUGUGGAAUUCAAAAAGUUUAAACUUAAUAAACUUGAAGGGUAACUCUGAGUACUCAGGUGUAUGGAAUAAAAUAUUACAAUUAUUAUGGUGAUGUACUUUGAGUGUGCCUGUUUAUUUCAGUUGCAUAAAAUGAGUAGCCUAUGCCUAUACAUAUUCUUCACAUAUGCUAAACAGAGCGUACUUGAUGUUUUAAAUUUUAUUUAAACUCCGAAACUUGCAGCAAUUAAGGUGAAAGUACGUCAACAUGUUAUUAACUUAAAUGUUCCUGUAAAUAAGUAAAAUAUAAAAUUCAGUUUGUAUUUCUUUGCUGUUUUGUUUCUAACCUUAACCUAUAUAAUCAAAGAAAAUGGUUGUGAUUGAUUUGUUUAUAUAAAAAUUAUUAAACAUUUGAGUCACUGCGUUAAAG